AUGGCGGGGGGGGCGCUCAGGGGACCACACGGAGAGUGGGAGCCGCGGCCGGCCCCCGGCUCCCCCGGCGGUCACAAUCGCCCGGCUCCACGCUGCGGCCGCUGCCGCCGCUUCCCUCACGCCGCCGCCGCCGCCGCGGACGACGACGACCGGCCUCAACCGUCCCCGCCCCCCGCAGCCCGCCGCCGCGCCGAACCCCGGUCACACCCACAGGGCGAGGAGAACGCUCGCAGCCCCUCGCUCGGGCUGAAACUCCAACAUGGCUUCCGCCUGCGCCGCUCCUCCCCCUCCCCUUACUCCGGCUCCUCCACCCUCCUCCCCCUUUUCCCGGCGCCCGCCCGACUGCGCAGCCGCGAUCCCGGAGGGAGCGCUCCCUCUCCGCGCGCGGCCGGCUCUGUGCGCGCUCCCGCUCCGCGCGCCUCCCCGGCGGGGUCUGGCGGCCCGGGGAUGCCUGACCCCGGCCGCCGCGGCUUCCCCGGCAGCAGACCUGCGCCCGACCGCAGCCGAGCGAUGCCAGAAAAGGAACAAGAGGAUUCAUCUGACUCAACUGGAGGUGGCUCCCUUCCCUAAUUUAUUGUUUCAUUCUUAAGGCUUCCCCCCUACCGAGCUCAGUGUGAGCAGACUGGAGCACGGGAGGAUGCAACCACCACAGAGAGGCAAAUUCACGGAUGCAGAGCUGCCCCUCCGCUGGGUCCGAGGCAAAGAAAAAUCCCAACCACGUUCUUGUCAUUUACUGGGUUUUGUUGAACCUGGAAAGGAAGCAAAUUCCAAAGGCAGGAAAUGACCCAGAGACCAUUACAAUAUGGGAAAAGCCAAGCUGUGCUUCCGUCACUUUGUUUCAAGCUAUUCUAAUCUAUGUCCCAGGAAGCCUAACCCAUUACCAGAUGGAGAUCUGUUUUCAGACGCCUCUUGGCAUCUGCCACUCCCGGCUGGUGACAUUUGCACAUUUCAGGAGGCAAACCUGUCCCCACAUCUUCAAACUUCCGGAGAGGUGCAGCCCCAGGAAAGUCCUUGGGUCUCUGGCUGACAGCACCAACCAUCUGAUGCGCUUCAUCUGUAGCUGGACUGCUGCUGGCCUCCAGCCUAGAACGCUAGCACACGGAGUCUCGUCUCGAAGAUUUGCAGAAUCUGAAAUCAAAAUGCCCCAUGCUGCCAGAAAAGGCUGGCUCCCUUGCCUGCUUCCUAAUCCCUUCUCACCAGGCUUUCCUAAAGAAACCCGAUGAGUCAGGAAGGAAGAAAAUGUGUCUGAGGGAGAUGUAGGCGUGGGCUGCUCUCUCAUUGCUUCUGAAAAUUUCCUCCUGUUGCACGGUGCCCGUAAUGGUUACAGAUUCGGUCGUACUUCUUGUCUGUUUCUCCCUCUAUCAGCUGUCACUUUGAGAGACCCUGCAUUUACCACUCAUGAAAUUAGCUCUGCAAAAGCAGGAGGUCCUAGAUGAGGAAUUAGUCACUGUCGCCAAGAAGUUUUGACUUCACUUUUAUCCCCAGGAGCAGGGCAAGAAAAAACUCCCACCUCUCUACGCAGAAGGAGCCAUCAUUCAGCUGCUUUGUUCCGGCCUGGGGGCCUGUACUUUUCCUAGGCUUUUAAUUUUUACUGAACGCCAUCCAUCAGCCUUCCCACUGAAGGCUGUGUGCCAGUUGGAUUCUAAGCACAGCGAGGUGGCUUCUGGGAUGCCUGCUCCAAACAGGUAUCCUGCUAACCCCCCAAGGUAUUCGGAAAGGAGCUGUAGUUGAAUGACUAAUAUGCCUAACUCUUUCAACACUUUCAAAAUAUUAAAUGGAUUAAAGUAUAAAGAAUCCAAUAUAUUUGUUGACAUCUGGCUUAUAGAAGAGCUCCAGGAAGAAAGAAGGGGGAAGUUCCACAUCAGGCCCGGGAAAAUGGGAGCAGCAGUGGAGGGCACCGCUCAUCUGCAUUCUGGCAGCCGGUACCUGUUCUGCAGGGCGAAACCGCUCUGUGCCACUAUCCAAAAUUGUGUGCUAUUUAUUAUAAAAGAGGUUUUAAAAAACACGUUCUGAUGAGCUCGGAAUUAUCCCUGGAGAGGGAAUAUCGUCUCCAUUACAAGACAGUAGCUUAAUAUCAGAGGCAGUUUGUGUGAACUGCAUGUAGCUGGUAGGAAACAGUAGAUAAAACAAGCUUGGAGAUCUUCAUAGAAAGGGAGGGAGGUUAGAGAGAGAGAAAGAGAGUCUUUUUUGUCGUCGUUAGGAAGAGACAAUCUUGCAGGGGAUUUAAGAGAUAUGUGCGUCUCUCUCCCACCCCCUUUCCUCUGCUUAUGGAAAAUGAGCCAGGAACAAGCUGGACACAGGAGACAGAUGGAGGCCUUCUCUCCAACUGUUGACACCAGCCAAACAGGAUAAAUAGUUCAUAUUGUAAUGAUGACAAUGAUAAUGAUGAAGAGAAAGCAUUAACCCAGAUGAAAAAAAGUUUUGAUUUUAAGCUCUGCUUAAGCCCCGAAGUCCUGCUGUCAGAGCCACUUACAUGAUCCAAGGGACUUUUGACUACAAAGACGGGAAUUUAAGGUGAGUGAAAUAAGUACAAUUGAACAGAAAAAUCAGGAUUAAAUUAAGAUGUGAUUAAGAAUGGUUAAAAAUUAGUGAAAAAGUUACCAAAUUAUUCCUAUUUUUAUACUGUUUUCAAUCUUGAUCUAAUUGUCUGUAUAGAAAAACAACAUAGUUAAAAACUUUAUUCUUACUUAAACAUGUAACAGAGCGAAGGAUUUUGUUAUGCUCCCUGGAGGCGCAUAUUUGGGAUGCCCGGCCAUUGGGGGCCUUCCAGUCUGCUACAGCCUUCACAGCAGACAAAGAACAGAGGAGGGAACACACAGCUUCUCGAGUGCCAGCGGUGAAAGGUCAGAGUUACAACACGACAGGAAAUGUUACAUUCUGCUUAACCCCAGGCCUCACAGAGGUAGUUGCUAGACACUUAAAGUGGGUGAUUUUAUUUUGCAAAUGAGUGAAGAGAAUCAAAAAUGGGAAAAGAAGAGAGCCAUGAGUCCCGAACAGUGUGCUUGGUGCCCAGGGCACCACAGCAAACUCACAGGGGCACCGCGGCAUAUGUUCAAUGUCGAGGAACACAUGUGAGGCUUGACAUCUGUUGGACACCAGGUGAACUACUCGGUCAAGAUAGUUCACAGCUUAAACAUUAGGUUGUACUCCAUUCCUUCGUAAGGCAUCUUAUCUUUGAGAAGCUGGGUCUUGAGUGGUUGUUAUAAAAUGCAAGUACCAAGUGAAAAUCAGUGUGGAACAGUGUGGUGGUGGUGGUGUCUAUACAGGUUCCAAGGCUUGAGAAGAUGUUCAGUGCCCAGUUGUCAUUUAUGUAUACUAUUUUUUUCAAACAGCUAAGUUGCUGGGACCUAACUACUGUAUAAAUGGUAUUUCUUUUAGGUUUUUCUUUUGGCCCAUGGGCUCUGUGAAAAAAUUCCUGAGACACAAAGGUGCUGUGAAUUGAGAAAGUUUGAGAACCUCUAGAUUAGAGGAGUACCAACCGUAUCCAAUGGGCAAAGGUGAAUUUUAACGGCCUAGACUCAUUGGUAAGAAUAAAAAAUGGUUCUAUCCUCCUUUCCUCAUACCACCCAGGGCGCUGUUCCCAGUAUUUUCCUCUCUUCCCACAUUAAAUGAGCAUUCAUAGGCUGAAUGUUUUUUUAUCAAUGCAACUAUUUGGUAGACUAUUAAAACUUAUCCGAUACAAUGCUUCUUAAACUAUCUCCAGUGAAGGGUGUUUUAUUUUUAUUUAUUUUUUUCGUUUCCAAUCCGUCAUGGACUACAUGAUGGUUAAUUUUAUAUAUUAAUUUGGCUGGGCCACAGCACCCAGAUAUUUGGUCAAACUUUGUUGUGGAUGUUUCUGUGAAGGUGUUUUUUUUGGAUGAGAUUAACAUUUAAAUCAGUAGACUUUGAGUAAAGCAGAUUAUCUCUACAAUGUGGGCCGGCCUUAUUCAGUCAGUUGAAGGUCUUAGUAGAACAAGACUGAAUUCCCAUGAGCAAGAAGGAAUUCUGCCAGCAGACUGCCUUUGGACUGCAACGCUCCCCUGAAAUAAAUCUCUCUCUCUAUAUGUGUACACAAACACACCCAUCCUCUUGGUUCUGUUUCUAUGGAGAACUCUGAUGAAUACAGAUUGAUACUUUUUAAAAGUGCAAUAAAAAUAGGAAAAAGGUCAUAUGCUUAAAUAUUGAGGAAAUGUUAAAUUGUUAUAAAAGUCUCUAAAUGCUUGCUUUCAGUUUCCAUGUUUAGUUUGUCUAAUUGGUAAUAAACAGUUUGUGGAACACAUUGAGUAGAACUGGUCUCAUAAAAAAUGUAAAUAUAUACAUAAUGCACACAUAUCUAUAUACACAUGUAGUUAUUUACUUUUUAUUUUGAACUAAUUUUAUUUAUUUUGAACUAAUCUUAAAUUUACCGAAAAGUUGCGAGACUAGUACAGAAAUUUCCUGUAUAUUCCCUCAUCCACCUUCCUCAAUUUUAAUAUUUAUAUAACCAUAGUACAAUUUUUAAAACUAAGACACCAACAUUGAUACACAACUCUUAACUAAACUACAGAGCUUGUUGAAAUUUCACCAGAUAUCUUUUAAAUAGUAAAGUCACAGCUCUAGGAUGCACAACUGUAGUAGAUAGUGGGCCAGAAAAUUUUUGCAGAAUGGGUUGAGACUGUUUCUUUAUUUUGUUUGUAGAUUAGCCAGUCAGAACUGGACAAGUUGGAUCGUAAUUGUGGAUUGUUCUGUAGAAGAAUAUACAAACCACAAACCUCAACUGAAAGCGUCUCACAUGUAUUGACUAAGCCAAGGCUGCAACUCCUAAGCCUGCCUGUCUAUCAUUACUGCCAGGAAUAACAAAUUCUUUCGUAUCUAGAAAGAUUAGUUACUUAAUGAGAAAAUGUAAGAAAAGUGAUGCUUGGAUGUGAAUCUGAAACGUCACGCCAAGUCACCCUUUCUCAUCUCUUUUGUGAAGUCUUUUAUGACUUUUCACAGGUAGACCCCACUGCAAUGGCUUUUGGUUCCCCUACUGUAGUGACUAGACAGAUUUCGGUUUUGGCACCUGUAACACUUUAUUGCUGUAAUUUGUGUGGGUGCCUCCUAAACUGCGACAACUCAUGGGCACUGCUCUGUCUUAUUCAUCUUGGUAUCUCAGUGCCUGGCAUAAUGCCUUAGGCGUAGCAGACAUGCAAUACAUGCUCGCUGAAGGAAUGAAUGAAUGAAUUGAACACACAGUAUGUUCACAUCAACAUUUUUUUUCCCUACUUGAUCUUGUUUGGGAAAGAGCCCAUAAUUUGAAGUUAUUCCAAUGAAUAAGACAAUGCCACAUGUAUAUUAAAAAGGAAAGGUUUUCAAGGACCUUGUGUUUAAGAAACAGGCUUCGAAUGCCAGGUGUGACUUAAAAGCUGAAUAAAGAACGCCACUUUUACAAAUAGCACAAGCGUUGGAUGCUGGCUCACUUUCUUCAGUAGAUGUGUUGUGCUCCUUGGGUAAUUUUAUCCACCUUAGUAAAAUCUGCUUUCUCCCUAGGCUGUUGUGUUCUUUUGAGUUAUCAUUACUAUUCAGCAUUUCUAUAGCGUGUGUUUUCAAAGUGUUGUGUUUCUCAUUCUUGAUGAGCGAGGCAGACGAUAGGUAGUGAAAGGGGGUUUAAUCUAGUCUUACAUGUAGCUGGUAUUCAGUAAAUUUUUGUUGACUGAUUCAUCACUGAACUCAAUUGGGGCUAGACUGGUGCAAACUUAUGGGAAGAGAGCUGCCCCCACUUUUACAUGGAGGAGGUGUGGGGAGUAGGGGCAAGGGGGCAGGAGUACAAAGGUUGGAGAGGGGAGGAAGUGGGAAUUCCUCUCAGAUGGGAGUGGAACAGCCUUGUGAAUCUCUGACUUACGUCGGCAAUCCUCAGGGCGCUCUGGAGUUAUAGACACAUCACGUUUAUUCGCCCUGUGAAGGAGUAGAUCCUUGGGUAUUGGAGCUGCUGUUUCUUAGGAACAAAUCAUUUAGUGACUGCUUUCGUGUAUCUGGUGAUCAGUCUUUGGUAUUCUAUUUAUUUCACCUGAUUAAAAAACUGGGAAAAAUAAGGUAAUGAGAAAAAUUUAUAGAAACUCAGAACAUGAAAGCUGAAUAAUGAUAUGUCCUCUUAGCAGUUGUUGCAAUUAUGGUAGGGUGACAAGGGACAAGGAAACUGUUGAUCCUAAGGCUCCCUAGUGCCAAAGACUGAGCAUACCAUUAAGAAAUGGAGAGGGGAAGAGAUUGAGCUCCUAUUUCUUGGAGGAGAUUUCACCUCCUCCUAGAAGCCCUGCUCAGUGGCUUGCUCUGGUUCUGUCAAUUGAGAGAUGAGAGGGUUUUGACAGUGGGGGUUGGGGUCAUUGGCUUAAAAAAUAAUUUAUUAGGUAUCUGGUAUCUACUCAGAAAAUCCUCCCUCCUGUUUUGUUUUUCUUUUAUUAGCAAAUGACAUUUAUGUACUUUGGUUUUACUGAGCUAUGACCACAAAUAUUUGUCUGGAACACAACAUGGAAAAAAGGAAAGUUGAGAAGAUAAAAAUACAAACCUUUCCCAGCAGUUGGGUUGACUGGGGGAAGUAUGGAAAUGCUCAGAGAACAUGCUGCCAUAAAUUCAACCACCUAUCCAUCAUGGGCCUGGCAGGCCAGGCUCGCCUGGGGCCAUAUGUGAAGGCCACCAGGGAUGUAAAAGAACCAGGCUGGAGCUCUCAGCAAGGCAGAUUUCUCUCGUCUUGGGUAGAAGCUCAGAUCCUGACGCCACAGAGUGUUAGGAGGAUUAAGUGAGAUAACGUCUGCAAAGGUGACUGACACAGAGCCUGGCGCCAAGCAGAUGCUCAAGACAAAGUGGAUUUCCUUCUCUGCUGUGACUUCAUAAGGCCUGGGAGUGGGUUUCUGAAGACACUGUGUCUCAGAUGAUGGCUUCAUGCCAUGUGGGUAUUCUACACUUUAGAAAACACUGAAAAGUUGGACCCAUGCAAACUCCAAAUUCUUCCAUUCUGGUUGAGUUGAGCCAUGGCUAGGUAUGCAGCUCAGUUUCCUCAUUUGCAGUGUGUUAUGCUUCUGGGAAAUAAUCUUGUGACAUGAAUGAGGAAAUAUACCUGAUAUCAUUUCCUCAGAAAAUGAUUGAUCCGGAUUUCAGCUCAGGAGAGAUCCAUCUGUGAGAACUCCCACCCAAAGGGGCUGCUACUAUUUCUGUUUUGGGCAAGGACUCAAUCUCUGAGAUACCUGAGCUAGGAUUUCUUCAGUAAUACUUUACCGAAAUCUCACAAAUAUUUUGCUUGUAACCCUAAACCAGGGAGCAACAUGAAGCCUUGACCCCUACUGCUUCACUCUCCACCAGAAUUGUCAUAACAUCAACAGAGUUCCUGCCAUUUGUGACCACCUUAUGACCAGGCAAUUCUACUUGCCUUAUCUCCUUGGUCAAAAGGCAAGUCUCCUGGCCAUGUAUCCUUUUCAGUCCCUUGUCCCUAGACGUUGCUGCACGCUCUCUCAUUAUGCUUUCAUUUGCAACCUCCUCUCAACUGGAUUCUUCCUGUCAGCUUUAGAGCAUACUUAAGACUCCCGUUGGGAGUCUUACCCAACCCUACAUUCUCCUCAAACUAUCACAUUCUCUUCUUCUAGAAGAAUGUUUAUACUUGACUCUGUUUGUUCACUUCCCACUCAGUCCUCAGGUCACUGUCAGGUUCACUCUUUCCCCAUCAAUCCAAUCAAACAGCCUGUGCUAAGGUCGUUCAUCUUCCUUGACCUCUCAGCAGUAGUCUAGUGUUGACCACCCCUCCUCCUGGAAACACUGUCUUUUCUUGGCUUCAGUGACACAGGACUCUCAUGGUUUCCUCUGACAGCUAAUUUACUCUCUCUUUUGCAGCCUUAUCUAUCCUUCCCAGGUCAAUAAAUAUUGAAAUACCCAAGGCUCAAUCCUGGACACUCUUCUCUUCUUAUUCUAUAUUUUAUUCAUGCCAAAAAUGUUUCCCCAGCCUACAUCACUCCUCUGAGCAAUAGGCCCACAUAUCCAACUUAACACUUAUCAUCUCCACUUGGAAGCCUCACAGGCAUCUAGAAUAUAGCACACGCAAAAGCAAGCUCUUGAUCUUUCCCUCAACUCUCUUCAGUGCUCUCUAUCUCACUGAAGGGUUAAACGCUCCAGCACUUGGAGUCUCCAUCACCCUUCCCUCUGCUUUACCAUUCACAUUCAGUUUUGCCUUCUAAUCCUCUCUGGAACCCAUGCUCUUCUCCCUACUUCCAUUCCAGCUAUCCUAGUCUAGGCUACCGUCUUCUCUUACCUGGAUUGCUGUGAAAGCCUCCUCACUGGCCUAUCUGCAGCCAUUUUUGUCUCUGCCUUCCACGGUGUAUCCAGAGCGAUUUCUUCAUCUGAACUUCAUGUUCCCCCACCCCGCCUAAAAAUGUUUAAAAUACUUGAAUGCCUUCCCAUUGUUUUGGGAUACACUAUUCCUUAACAUGACCACAAGGCCCCGCACCUUCAUCUCAAACCACGCUUCGCCGUGCUCCCUGCAAUCCAGCCACUCUGUCCUUCUUUCAGUUCCUUUUACUUGCUAUGCUUCCUCUCACCAAUUGCUUUUUGCCCAGAAUGCUCUUCCCCCUCUUCAUCUUGUAACUUCCACCCUCUCUUCAAAUCUCAGCUCUGUCAUGGCUUGCUCAGGGACGUCUUCCCUGAUGUCUGUGACCAGGGCAAAUCUCUUCCAGAUGGCCCUGGGUACUUCUCUUUCACAGAUCUAACUUUAUAUUUACUGGUGUGACUAUUUGGUUAAAACAAAUUUACCACUGACAGUAAAGUCCACUAGGGUAAGGACUGUACCUGAUUUUCUGUGCCUAGAACCAGCACAGUGGCUUGUACAUACGUAGCAGGUGCCCAGUAAAUACAUUUGUUGAAUGAACGAAUGAAUAAAUGAAUGAACGAA